UUUAGUUUUCUUCUCAUUCUGCUGUUGUUGCUGUGUGCGUAGCAGCGCUGCCGAAGUCGACGUCGGCGUCUAUCCUCUCAGCAGCAUCUGAACGCAGCUGCUGUUCCGUGGGACUGUGUGGGCUUUGUUGUUGUCGUCGCUGCUCCCGCUGCUGCUGUUAAAAGGCGGCAGAGCAAGCGCAACAGGAGCAGCCACGUUGCCUCGCGCCGAUCGCUGUGCAAGAAUUAGAAGCAGCAGAGGCUGAGACACCAUCAGAGUCGCAAGCAGAAGGUCGACUCUUAUAUGUGAAGUUGCAUGCACAGAGAACUGGAAUAAUAAACAGAGGCAAGACAACGAGCCAACCAGUUGCAGACGUGGCUAAUUGCGACUUCUGUUUCCGUUUCGCCAUUGGCAGGGCCCAAAAUUAAUGGUAAUUUCAUGCUGUCAUUGCGCAAAAAUCAACACGGCCCCCGAAGCGCCAGCAGAACAAAACACAAAGUCAGCGCCAUCAAUGACCUCAACUAACUCGUAAACGAAGCUACAGCGGGAUCUAUAAAAGAGUCAGCGUAAGCAGUUCUACACGAGCUAUUCACAUACGUGAAAUUGGUUUGUAAGAGACGACACACAAGAAGCCAAAGCGACAAAUAGAGAACGAGAGAGAAGGAGAAGGAGAAGGAGAAGCAGAAGAAGCCGAAUAACGAGAUAUCUCAUUAGACAAAGCUAAACUAAAGCCGCUUGCAAGCAACAAUGGCGCACUCGAAAGUCAUACUAAAGAUUCUGUUCUCGCUCUGCGUUUGGUCCUUUGUGAUCAUUGGCCUGUUCAAGAUGCACGGCACGAACCUGGUGCCGCAGGACUACCGCCAGGUGCCGCAGGAGUACCAGCAGCUGCCGCUCAACGGCCGCAGUCUGCUGCAGAAGGAUAUGUUGCGCUAUGCGGAGACAACGUCCACCACCACGGAUCACUUUGAUCCCAGCGAGAUACUCGUCGACAAUCGCACAGCCAUGGACGAUGAUCAGCUGGUGCGCGACGUGGAGUCGAGGAUACCAUCGCUGCCAAUUGCCUACUGGAGCAAGAACAAGAACUUUCUGCAGCAAAAGUCCGCCACGUGCGCCAAAUAUCCAUCGAUCUUUGAGCUGGAGUUCAACAACAUCUAUUGGCAAACGAUGCACACCUCGAACGGGACAUUUCAGCUAUUCGGCGCCUACUAUGACAUUCGGCGCGCCUCGCUGCUGGGGCCGACCGUGCGCAUUCUGGGCAUGAUCGAUCGCAUCGAGCCGAAGGUGAAGACCUACUGCCAGUUCUGGUUCGACGGCCAGAAGGAGCCGUUCAUUGUGAAGACAUUCGAGUACAAGUACAUCUGGUACAACAAGUGGGGCAACUACAAGCAGGGCAUCUAUCAGCCGUACCUGAUCGCUUGCCAGAUACCCAAGCCCUUCCACGGCGUGGUGCCCAGCUCUGUGUCGAUGGUGGAGAAGGAAUGCGACACGGCCACCAACAAUUUGCGCGUCAUCUACAAUCGGCCGCCCGACGAUCACAAAAAGGGCUUCGCCGUCUGCGUCAAGGGCCUGGACUUUCUCUACGACGAUCUGAGCGUGCGGCUGAUUGAGUGGAUCGAAAUGCUGAACAUCUUGGGCGCGGACAAAAUCUACUUUUAUAAUCUGCAAGUGCAUCCCAAUAUUACCAAGGUGCUCAGUCACUACGAGCAGGAGGGCAAGGUGCAAGUGAUACCACUGACUCUGCCGGGCGGUCAGCCCAAUGUGCCCGGCUUCCAGCAUCUGUAUCUGACGAAGAAGACCAACCACAAGCGACAGAACGAGGUCAUUCCGUACAAUGAUUGCCUGUAUAAGAACCUCUAUUUGUACGACUAUAUAGCGCUGCUGGACAUCGACGAAGUGAUAAUGCCCAAGGGCAAUUCGAUUCUCUGGUCCGAGCUGAUGGACAAGGCGCGACCGGAGUCGCUCAAAUUCAGGCCGGACGGCUAUCAUAGCUACAAUUUUCGCAAUGUCUACUUCCUGGACGAUCAGCAGCACGAGCACGGCUGGCACAAGGACAUACCCAAGUAUAUGCACAUGCUGCAGCAUGUGCACCGUGCCAAGAACUACACAAAGCCCAAUCAGUAUGUGAAGUGCUUCCACGAUCCGGAGCGUGUGCUCACGCUGCAUAAUCACUUUCCGCUCAGCUGCCUGGGUGGCGUGUGCAAAUCGUAUCCGGUGGAUACGGAGGAUGCACAGCUGCAGCACUACCGGGCCGACUGUGUGAAGACGCUGAAGAAGAGCUGCGAGGAGUAUCGCGAGAAUUCGGUCGAGGACAAGACCAUUUGGAAGUACAAGGACGAGCUAAUCCGACGCACCAUUAAGACGCUCGAGACGCUGGGCUUCUUCAGGCGUAGCGGCGGUCCUGGUUUUGGGGGCAGCAGCAGCGGACUGGGUGGUGGCGCCACAACGCAUUCCACGGAGCGGUGAUUCGCGCUGCUCGGCGGCUGGUCAUGGCCCUGGCUGCCUGUGGCGCCCUACGUGGAUCCGGCGGCAGCUGGAGCGAUGGGCAACGAGGAGUUUUUUGUCUAGUGAGAAAGCAAAUGCGAAAGAGACAGACAGAGAGAGAGUGAGAGAUAUAGGGAGAGUGAGUUCCUUGCCGCAAUAGAAACCUUAAAAGCUACCGAGCCCGCAUCUGAACUCAAAUCCAAAACCAGAACCCGUCCCCCCUAGCCUAGCCUAGCCUAGAGCUCGAUUUGUUCUUUUUGUGUAUUAUAGAAAAGUUUUUUAUUUUCAUUAUUGUACUUCUUUUUACGAAUAAUUUGAUAGUAUUCUGUACUUCAUAGUUGCCCCUGAUACAUAUAUAAAUGUAUGUUUCGUUAGUCUAUAUUAUACAGUUAUUUUUGAUAUAUGUAUGCCCUUAUCAAGUACUUACAUAUGCCCUAUCAAAUAGCACACGUACAUAUAAAUUCAAACACAAUCGCGUUUGGCAAAUGAAAAAAAAAAAAAAAAAAAAAAAAACAAAAAAAAAAGGAAAACACUUUUGAAAUCGUGCCUUCAACUUUAAAUUGUAGUGUAUAGGGUUUUACCGCAGCGGCUCGCCACGACCUAAGCACUUGACUAUAUAUAUAAACACACACACACACACACACAUACACACAUGCAUGUGUCCUAUAUGCUAUCUUUAUAUAUAUCUACAUAUAUGUAUGUAGCUGCUUAUUGGGAAGUGGCCCAACAAAAACACAUCUAUUUACUCCUUAUUCACAAAAGACGUUACAAAUCAUAAGUCCAAUGGCUAAAUUGGUGACAAAAUCACAUUAGACAACAACAAAAUAAGCAUAAA